AUGGUGGCUCCGGCUAGUAUUGCCGACGACUGGCAGGACGUAUCGGACGAUGCGUUUUCUAUUGUCUCCCUCCCAACAUCAGAUGAACAUUCCGAAUGCUCUGACGACACGACCAAAUACCCCGAGACUGGUCGAGAUGGCACUAAAUCCAAUAAGUCCUCGUUUCCGAUCCGCGCCAAAUCCUCUUUGCCUACCGAGUCGAACCCAUUCGACGAUGAACAUGCCGUGGAGAACGAAGUGGAGCAAUACGGCGGUAACAUUAAGGACAUCGUUGCUUCGGAUGAUUCGUCCAGUAACCCACGCAUGAGCGACAUGCUGGAUGUCGUGGAUCCCGUGUUUCUACACAAGGUUACCACAUCGCUCAUCAAGCUAGUCGACGAGAUCAAGAGCGCACUCACCUUUCGAACGAAUCGCAGGCCGAUGGCCGGUACCUCCGAGAUUGUAGAAGAUUGCGAUACGCUGAGGAAAAACUUGAAGUGCCUUGAGCCCAUCAUGGAAGGAUACUCGAAGCAUUGGAGUCCCCAGAAGGCGACGGUGGAUAUUCCCCUUGACCCCGGCUUGUACGAGUGGAUGUCUGGUCUCAAAGUCAAGCUUUUAGGACUACAAGCUCUCAUUCUAAAACAAAUGAGCGAGAUACCCGCCAGUUUUAAGCAUCCUACUGUACAAUCUGAGAUCAAUCAAUAUCACGCCACUAUGCUCGACUUCUCUGGCCAGAUCUCAGCUUUCCUCCCCGUCCUGCAGGCCGAUUAUGACGAUUUCCACGCUGCCAGUAUACCCUUUGCCUCAACUUCCUCAUCCUCAAAUGCGAUACACCGACUCGCCGGCAGAACUCCCACCAGUGACCUCUUUCACCUGCGACGUGAGCUUUACUCUCUCAAGGAUCAGAUCGCCGUAUGCGUGAACGAGCUCAAGGGAUGUGCGUCUGGGUUUGUAAUCCUGCCACGGGAUGAUGCUAUCAGCCGAGACAAGUUGAUUCGGUCAUACGAACAGAUCAAGAAAUCGCUUGGGUUGUUGCUGUCAAACCACGGUUCUGACUGGCUCGAGUACAGCAUGGCUGGGGGUAUGACGUAUCCUGAGUUCUGCCAACUGAACCUCGAUACCAUUCGAUCACUCAACUUGCAGCUUAAGCAAUUGGUCGAUAACCUGAGUACUGAGCACCGUCGUCUACGAGGGACCCGCUACUUGAACGAUCCCGACUCCCUGCUGGAUUCACACGAGACACUGCAGUUUAAUAGAGCAGACCUAGAUGGCCUGCGUGCUGUUCAGGAAGUAUUAUUUUCAUUGCUCCAGAUCCAGGCGCCGCAACCGACGGCCCCAGACAAACUCAAUGCCGGAAAUCUGCGCAGAAUGAAGAGCAAUGACGAGCACAAAGACGCUGCCCAAUGUGGCUUGGUGGAAAAGGGUACCGUUGAGUUCAGUCACUGA